GUAAAUUUGUUUCCGACAGGAAAUGGCGUGUGAGAUGAGAUAGACGAGAAGCUGAGCUCAGAGAGAGAAAGGUAUGUCGCUGAAAUUGCUUGUUCUUCCCCAAUACUCUAUCUCUAAUCGAAACCCACCGGAAAAUCCCCGGUUUUACCACCCGAGGACCCGACCCGUCUCUGGGAUCCGGUGCAUCAGGAGGGCUUUUGAUGGCAUCGAAAACAGGAGGAGGAAGAGAAUGAGCGAUUCGGAGCUGGCGAAGGAUCUGGCUCGAGAAAUCGCCAAGGCCGACACGCUCUCGGACCAGAGGCGGGAAGCCAUGAAGAAGAGCAGAGAGAUUCUGUGGGGCGAAUUCUGUCGGCACAUGUGUCUGAAAGAGGACGAGCUGAGGAACAAGUGGGGGAGGAUCGAGGAAGACGAGAAGUGGGUUCUGGUCAGAGGGUUCGUCGGCGAAUGGGGUGCGGAUUUUCAGCCCUUAUCCGUUAGGUCUGUGAAAGAGAUGGUGGAAGAAGAGUGUUUGGAUGCCGAGAAAAUGAUUCGUUCGCAGUCCUCAUCGUCCUUGUCUUCGUUUUCUGGGUGGUUUCCUGGAUUGAAGAGAAUUAUAGGGUUCGAAUGAAUGAAAUGAUCGAGUUCGAGGUUAUAAUAAACAAAGUUCAUUUGCUCCUUCGUCUUAAUAGAACAUCUGCAUUUGCAUUUGA